GCUGGGUUUCAGGUUCACCUUGACUCCUGGAGCUGCAGUGGAGCAGGUACCCGCUCCUGCACCUGUUUCUCUUGCACCUGCCGUGCAGCUGCUCCUAUGCAGCUCUCCUGACCUGAGCCUUGCCUGGAGUGGCACUCUGGAAGCACCCCUACCUCUCCCAGUCUCCCUCUGGGGCAGCUCCUACACUCAGCGCCUCUAAGGAAGGUCUCGCCUUCAGCCCAGAGGAGAAAGGCUGACAGGACCUUUCACAGCCAUACCCCGGAGUCUGAGAACCAGACCACCAACCCCUCGAGGCCCAGGGAUGCCUGAGUCCUCAUCACUCUGCCUGCUCCUUCGCUGCUCUAAAUUCCUCUAGCCUGCUGUCUCCUUCCAUCUCACACGACGCACCUAUCCGCGAUGUCCAGCAACUUCUCCAGUACUUCUACUAGCUCAGACAGCAUCUUUGUGGAAAUUAGUGAGAGAAAGCCCUAGCCUUGGCCCAGGGAGCAUCAUGACCGAGGUUGGCUGGUGGAAGCUGACCUUCCUCCGGAAAAAGAAGUCCACUCCCAAGGUGCUGUAUGAGAUCCCUGACACCUAUGCCCAAACAGAGGAUGAUGCGGAGCCCCCGACACCUGAGGGUGGGAGCCCCAACAACGACUUCAAUGCCCGGCUGGAGAAGAUUGUGGACAAGAGCACAAAGGGGAAGCAUGUCAAAGUCUCCAAUUCCGGCCGCUUCAAGGAGAAGAAAAAAGUCCGUGCCACGCUGGCAGAGAACCCCAAACUGUUUGAUGACAGGGAGGGCCAAGGACAGUGAAGGGAGCCCAGGAGGAUGCUAGUACCUCCCUGCUUCCUGCCAUCGCUAGUCUGAGACAGGAGCUUGCCACGCUGGCCUCUUGGCCACAGCUGAAGCCGUGGGGGCAGUUGAUGCCUGCUGGCAGGAAUUGUCUGGUUUUAGGUUUAUAUUUAUGUGCUCCAGCUUUCUGGAAGGACUGGGAGACCCCAAGGUUCUCUCAGCCUCCCCCACCACCUACAAAGGCACUCCAGUUCAAGGAUGAAAAGUCCCAGCCAGAAAGGACAGCCCUCCUUGAAGCAGUGGUAGCAGCGGCCGGGAAAUGAGCAUGGAAAGGAGUGGAGUGGAGCCGGACAGACUUCACCUCCUUUAGGGUACGGGGUCAAGGGUAAGUCUAAAUUGCGGCUCCCUCUACUUUUUCUGUGACUGUUCCCUGGAACAAUUCUGUAAGGGAAUUUUCCAGAAGCCAUGUGAUAGGAGGUGAUUUUCUGGAGCCUGAGGCAGAGACACUGAACUUGAGCUCACCUCCUAACACAACCGGGAAACUUCCUGGAACUUUGCCCCUAAGUAUGCUGGGGGAGGAGAACCCCGGCGUCCUCUGGGGUGCUGCAGAGGGCCAGGUUAGGGAUCCCAUGGGUUGCUGCACACAUCUUCAAAGGGAGACUACAUCAGACAGACUACACUGGUCCCACUAGGAGCUGGGGAAGCUCUAGUAGGGGCUAAAAGCAGCCAGUUCUCUUCUCUCCUUCCCCUACUAGUACUUAAGAUGAAUCAGCCCCAGAGAUGAGUCCUGGAGCCUUGAUUUUGUUUUAAAAAAUUGUAUGUUUCUUUUUGUAAUAAAUAAUACUGCAAAAGCAGAGAAUCUA